AUGAAGCUCACAAACCACUCCACAGUUCCGGUUUAUACUAUCUCUGGCUCUUCUACCGCACGCCCCCUUCCAGAAUGGCUGGCUCGGAGGCGGAAGCGGAGCUUGAAAGCUGACCCCGAGUACGCAAACAGGGUGGAAUUGUUGCAAGACUUCGAGUUUGAGGAAGCCAGCCAGUGUAUCCGAGUCAGUGAGGAUGGACAGUGGGUAAUGAGUACAGGCUGUCAUUAUACGACGCGCUUACCGCGAUAUGGCCGCGACCUAGUGUAUGAUAGGCAGUCGGCCGAGGCGCUGGUUCCUGCCGUAGGAGUCAAUCAAGAUGGUAUGGGUGAAGUGUUCCGACUAAAUCUGGAACAGGGGAGGUAUAUGCGGAGCUACGAAGUAGACGUCGGUGGCGACGAUUUCACCUCGGCCGGAGGAGGGGCUUUGCAAGGUGGUAUAAAUACAGGAAGUGUGAAUACCGGAGCUGUAGCUGAAGAAAGUCAUAAUAUGUUGGCAUUUGGAACCUCUUUAGGAACCGUGGAACUAUGGGAUUCACGAGCAAAGGGGAGAGCUGCAGUACUUUUACCCCCCUCGGAUUCUCAGCCUGGAGAAGGGAGAUCCGAAAUUACAGCUCUGCAGUUUCACAGAUCUGGUUUAACUCUUGCGACGGGUUCCUCUCAGGGACUUAUAUACUUAUACGAUUUACGUUCGCCAGUGCCUUUGCUUAAAAAAGAUCAAGGAUAUGGCUAUCCCAUCCACACACUUAAUUUCCUUACACCCUCGACGUCCACGCGAGAACAAACAACCGAUCCAAAAAUUCUCUCAUCCGAUAAGCGGAUUAUUAAGAUUUGGGAUGCAAGGGACGGCACGCCGUGGACAUCAGUCGAACCGGCGGUUGAUAUCAAUUGUGUUGCUUGGUGCAAAGACAGCGGGAUGAUAUUAACUGCUAACGAAGGAAGACAGCAACAUGCCUUCUUUAUUCCUCAGCUUGGUCCGGCCCCGAGAUGGUGUGCGUUCCUGGAUAACCUCGUUGAAGAGAUGGCAGAAGACCCGAAUGAUCCGCAUGCGUUUAACACUGGUCAGGCGGGCUCUGUCUAUGACAACUACAAAUUCUUGACAGUACCACAGUUACGGUCUCUGAAUCUGGACCACCUUAUUGGAAGGACGUCGCUUCUCCGACCAUAUAUGCAUGGUUAUUUUGUGGCACAGCGGCUGUAUGAGGAGGCUCGCCUUAUUACUAAUCCAUUUGUUUGGGAAGAAGAGCGUGCAAAACGGAUCAAGGAGAAGAUUGAUAAAGAGCGUGAAAGCCGCAUCCGCGGAAAGAAGAAGGUUGCCGCAAAGGUCAACAAGAAGUUGGCUGAGAAGCUUCUCGAGAAAGAGGAGCGCCAUGAGAGACGUCAAGCUCAGAAAAUUCUGGCACAAGGUGGUGAUGAAAGCAGCGCCAAACCCGAGGCAGCCUCUACAGGAAAGGGUAUACUGCACGAUCCUCGUUUCGCCAAGCUAUUCGAAGACGAAGAAUUUGCUGUGGACGAAACGUCGAGGGAGUUCUUAGCUUUGAAUCCAAGCAGCGCAACUGCCCCAGCCGAAAAGCGUGAAAGAGGAUUAACGGCUGUCGAGGAAGAAGCCAUUGACGAGGUCCCCGGCUCGAGCUCCGAUGAAUCGUCGAACGAGCAUGAAAGCCCUGCCAAGCCUAAAUCAUCUACAUCCAUAUCAACAGCUUCCUAUAAACGAACAAAGCGGCCUCAACCAAAGAUGGAAAUUUCGUCAUCUUUUAGAACGGCCAAGUCUCGCGAUCGGUCGUUUGAGUCCCGAGUCCAGAAGACGCGAGCUAAAGAGCGGCCGGCUGCCACUAGUCGUGCAGUUGGCGAAAAGACCGUUACCUUCGCUCCUCGGGCUAAGUCGCGCGUAAAACCGAUGGCAGAGCCUGAAAGCAGAGGAUCAUACCGCUCUGCAAAAGACCGCCGGAGUGCAUCGGCGAACACUUUCCGAAAGAUGUGA